AUGACGUCGUCGCGUCGAGUCCCGCUCGCCAGCGUCCCCAAUGCCACCAACUCGCCCUGCCGCCCGAACGCGGCAACAGCCACCAAGCGACCGCGUUCCCACGCGAGUGAACAGAGGGACGCCGCGUAUGCUGGCCAGCCGCCUGCGAAGAAGCUCUACUUGGGAGAAAAUGACGUGGAUGCUCGCCGUCAGACCCUUUUGAAAAACGCUGGUCACACCCCGGCGUCUGCCGUGCACAAGAAGUUGGAGGCAGCACGCGACACCAAGUCCAGCCAGAAGCCGGCCGACAGGCCGCAGAAGACCCUUCCGGAUAACUACGAGACUAUCCGCCAAUGGCAGAAGCACUAUCGCAAGGUCUUCCCGCAAUACGUCUUUUACUUUGAGAAUACACCCGCCGAUGCACGGGCCAGAGCAACAAAACAAAUACUGGCUUUGGGCGCUCGUGAGGAGAAGUUCUUCUCAAAGUCGGUUACCCACGUCAUCACGACGCGUCAGAUUCCCCCCGAGCAGCCCGCGUCGAACUCGACUGAUAGUCGGACUUCGACCACUGCCAUCAUUGCGCAGGAUGAAACGGGGCAGCUGCGAACCAUUAAUCCUUCGCUCCUCGACCGGUCGACCGAGUCGCAAGGUGCACGUACCAGGCUCGCCCUCGAGCUUGCUGCUGCGAGGAAGCCGGGCGUCUCCAAUGCACAAGUGCAUCCGCGAACGCGGGGUAGCCACAAUGGCGACAUCCUUGUUAAGGCGAGGGAGAUGGGUAUGAAGAUAUGGGCCCUGGAGAAGCUGGAAAGGAUCCUGAACACCAUGUUCAACACGGAUACUGGAGAGCAGCCUCCUGCCUACAACACUCGUGGAAGCACGGCAGUCACUGCUUCCAAAUCUCGCGGUGCCGACCUGUCUCAACUCUUGAAAAACGAGAAGGUCAAUGGCCCGGCUGACCGCGACCUCGCUGUCUCCACCAAGGACAUGGCCCAUUUCCGUGGCUACUAUGUCUAUGUUCACUGCAUGAACGAGAAGUACCGCCCCGUUAUCAUGAGAGAUUAUCCUAAGGUGUCUGUAAAGGAGGAAGGAAAGUGGCCUCAAUUCCGUCUCACCGCUCCUGGAAGCGUGUCAAGGCGUGGUAGCGUGACGACAGAGGAGUCUACUGAUACAAUUCUGUCCAAGCCACUUGAUCCACCGAAGCUCAUCCCUGCCAAGCGCAGGGAACCGGAUGGUGUUCCCCCACUCUUUGGCAGUGCUCAAGCUAGCUUGCGUGCAAUGCCUCGCUAUGCUGGUGGUGAACCUAUCGCUUCUGGUGUUCAGCCAUCUAACAUCACGUCUGCCAUCAAGUCUCAAAUGAUUUCCUCCACGGCUGCUGCCCCCGGUGGUCGUGCUGGAACCAGCAAAGAACUCAACCAGUUAAGCAGGAAGGUCCUGGAGAAGAACAGUGCACCCAACAGCACGACUUCCACGUAUAUGACAGAUAUUAGAGCGGCAAUCAAUGGUGAUCGUGGUGCUCCGCCUCGAGCUGCGAAGAGCAAGGCUCAGGCGAAUAUCACCGGCGUACCCGAUCCAGAAGAGGUCGAGAAACAGGGCGGCCGCAGGGUGAUUGUCCCCCGUAGGAAGAAGUCGCUCGAGAGAGAACCCAAGCCUGGAUAUUGCGAAAAUUGUCGCGAGAAGUUUGAUGACUUUGACACUCACGUCGUCAGCCGCAAGCAUCGCAAGUUUGCGACUACCCAGGAGAACUGGAAGGAUCUCGACAGUCUGCUCAGCCAACUGGUUCGACCCUCCUUAUGA